AUGAACCCCGGGAUACCACCUGGACUGGCUUCCAAUCUCGUGUCGUCUCCAACCAGGGUCCGCAAGAGAGCGCGCAAGGCGUGUGAAUCCUGUCGCUCGCGAAAGGUGCGCUGUGAUGUUUCAAUACGGGGAUGUCCGUGUAUGAAUUGCUCUCUCGAUGGGGAGACUUGUGUCGUCACCGGCGGCCGCUCAUUAAAACUUCCCCGAGUUCAACCGAACACACACGAUGUCGCUGCGCCUUCUCUUACUUCUCGCUUACCGGGGAUCUCGCAUGUGCCUGAUGCAGAGGCAACUGAACCGGACUGGGAAUGGAUGGCGGGAGAUCGGCUGAACUCCGCGAAAGGAACGUCCGCUUCCUCACUGAAUGCAACUAAGUGCGCUGGUGGCGAGAAUAAUGAAAGCCUGGGUUGGAUAAAGGAUGUUCUCGGGGGUCAUAUCAAUGCAUCGAAUAACGAACUCUCUUCAAGAUACCUCACCCUGCCUGGUCGUGCCUCUAGUGGUGUUGACAAUGACGAGGGCCACACCAUCAAUCCUAAACCUUCCCCCGAUGUUCUCUACUGCCACUACCCAUUCCUCGUUAUUAACAACAUGCGCAAUAUUCCCCCUCAUGACCUCAAUUUUCUCGAGCUUCAAGGCUGUCUGCGAGUUCCGACGGGAGAUUUGCUAUACGAGUUGGUCCAACAAUACUUUCUUCAUGUGCACCCAAUUUUGCCACUGGUGAAUGAAGGCGACUUUUGGGACCUUUAUUUCCAUUGCGCUGAUGAUGCACCCAAAAAGCCAAUUUCUCUACUCGUUUUCCAGGCUAUAUUAUUUGCAUCUUGCAACUUCAUAUCUUCCUCUACAGUGCACGCGCUUGGCUUUCCCAGCGUACGGGUUAUGAGAGCUUCAUAUUACCGCCAUGCGAAGCUUUUGUAUGACCUUGGAUCCGAAUCUUCCCCUCUUUCAAUUGCCCAAGCAAGCCUUCUACUCAGCUUUGCAUCUCUCUCCGCAUCCAGAAAACCGAAUAUAUCGUGGCUCAGCAUCGCCAUUGAGAACGCAAAGAUCGCCGAGGCACACCUCUACGCCUCGAUCCCCAUAACCGACAUUCUGCCCCAAGAGCGGAACUUAUUGAAACGAGUAUGGUGGUGCUGUAUAAUCAGAGACCGUUCUACGGGGCUUCUUAUGAGGCGCCCGAUCCAAAUUUCGAAACUUCACUUCAGUUUCGCUGCCAACCCUCUGUGCGCUGUGGACCUCGCGGACGAGUUUGAACGAUCCAGCGUGUAUGACCCUCCAGCUAAGAGGGAACUGGCCGAUGUUUUGGCUCAGUGGACCGAGCUCAACAUCGCGCUGACAGAUAUUCUGAUGCUUGUGUUCCCGUUAGACGAGCGGCGCGACGUCACCCCUGAUAAGAGGCUGUCUGAUACCAGUCAGCUUUCCGAGUGCAAAUUGAAACUAGAGCGAUGGUAUAAAUCUGCGGUCCAACGAUUUUCAAUUUCUUUGCCCGACGGCGACAUUGCAUCGUCAAUUGGCCCGGAAACAGACACGGAGAGAUGUCAUUCAUCUGUCAUCCUCUAUACCAACCUUAUGCUCAUGUAUUACCACACAGCACGUGUUGUAUUGAGCCAUUACGAAGUGCUACAGCUGGACAUAUUGCAGAAACAAGUUCAUGUAAACACUGCCCUAUGCGAAAACCUCUCUACCAUUGUGAAGUCUCGGCAGGAGUUGGAAGAUGCCGCCUUCUGCAUCACUGAGAUCCAUAAAGUAUUGGUUCAUCGAGGGCUUGAUCGGUGGUUACCUGUUUCGGCUAUUGGUUGCACAGCCCUGCCACUUAUCCUUCAUAUUCUGGACAACAAACUAGCCCCUCAGACUGACUGUGUGAUACGGAACAAUCGUGGACUAUCUGGCCAGAAAGAGAAACAGCUGAAUGUCCUCAUUCAAGUCAUGAAGACAUACCAGUCGCAGUAUGACGGGGUGGAUUGGGUAACUGACAUUGUCCGUCACAUCAUCAAUCUUGCCCAACUUGAUGACCAAAGUCCCAAAAAUCAAGGUUCCGGCAUCAAUUGGACUGAUAUCCUCGUCUUCCAACCAAGUUCAUAUCUCCGUUUGACACUUGUACUGGAUCUGAGUCUGCGAAAGGGGAGGCUAGCCGAGGAUGGAGACUUUCCUGUCAGCCUCAGGGGUCUGUUUGCUGCCGAGGUUAGUCCGCUCAAAGAUCUGGUCAAAGCCGACGGGACAAAUCAUAUCGAAGAACCCCCUAAUGACUAUGCUUUGUCACCAAGAACUCUUGACCCCUCUGCUCUUUUGUUCAAUGAUGAAGUGUCUCGGCUGCAGGAACAGUCUCCUGGGUCAGGUCUUCAAGGGAGUAAUCUUGAAGAUAUAGAGGAGCAGAUUUAUUUGCAUUUGGCAGGCGGAAUGACAGAUAAAGACAUGACCUCUUCACAUGAUUCUAGCAUUUUUGACCUUUGA